AUGGAUCCCACACACGAAGCCAAAUUUCCUCUUCAUGAGGCUGCCCGGGAAGGCAAAACUCAAAUCGCCGAAUCUCUCCUCAGCGCAAACCCCAAGCUCGCAAACAUCAAGGAUGAUGAUGAGCGUCUCCCCAUUCAUUGGGCGGUAGCAUACAACCGCCUCCCGAUCGUGGAGCUGCUGAUAUCCAACAAGUACUUUGAUCCCGAUGUCGAGGACGGCUCCGGCUGGACCCCACUUAUGAUCGCAGCCAGUUUGAAGAAUGCCGAGGGUGAUCCCAUCAUCGAUCUACUUCUCAAGAAAGGCGCAGACGUAGGCACGAAGAGUGUCUCCGGUCAGAAUGCCCUCCACUUUGCAACCUCCAAAGCCAACCUCUCCACCGUCCGCACCCUCAUCGCCAACAAGUGCAGCGCCAGAGUGAAGGAUAAGCGCGGGCAGCUGCCUCUGCACCGGGCGGCGGCGAUUGGAUCUACGCCCAUCAUCAAAAUCCUUCUGGAGGAUGGGAAAAGCCCGGUGAAUGCGACGGACAUGGACGGGUUGACGGCUUUACAUCAUGCGGUGUCAGAGGGCCACGGUGAUGCGGCGAUUACAUUGCUCAAGGCUGGUGCGGAGGCGGAUAAGCGGGACUCGAAUGGUGCCCUGGCUAUUGAUAUGGCGCCGGAUAAUAAGGUGCGGAGCUAUAUUCUGCAAACGGCCGAGAGGGAGGGAAUUGAACUAUAGAACUCUACGGCAGACGCAGUGGGGUUGGGGUUAAACAGCAAGGAAUGGAGAAUGUACAGGAUACCCGGAGUCACCCAGGCUCGAUGAAUGACUGUUUCAAUAUCUGUUCUAGUAAUUAACGGAUUCAUGACAUCAC